AUGGCUGCAAAAACAUUGGCCGCAAUAGGUGACAUGGGAGAGCUUGAAUACCUUCUCCUUCAAACAGAUCCUCUCUCUGUUUCUGAGAGAACCAAUGCCAUCUCCUUCUCCAACGAGCCUAUGAAAUUCAAGAAAGUAUGGAGCAAUAUCCACCUCCAAAAUUCCUCACAAACAACCUUGCCGAGAACUCAGCGCGAAGCUUCAUCAUCUAAAGAACAACCAGAUAAAGAAGAGAAUGAAGAGGAGGAUGAUGCUGCUGAAGAAGUGAAUGAAGAGCAUGAUGAUGAUGCUGCUGAAGAAGUGAGUGAAGACAAGGAUGAUGCUGCUGAAGAGGUGAAUGAAGAGCAUGGUGAUGCUGCUGAAGAAGAAAAUGAAGAGGAGGAGGAUGCUGAAGUGAAUGGAGACCAUGAUGAUGCUGCUGAACAUCAAGUCUAG